AUGUUGGCUUUCCUUCCGAGGUCAAUAAACCGCCCUUCAUCUCUAUCAGCGAUUGGAUCGUUGCUUUUCCACAUUCCCAAUCGAUUAUCUAGUCGUAUUUUCAUUUUGGAUUCAGGGAACAUUUAUCGCAACUUGGCAUUUGAAGCAUGCUUAUACGCCGACUCCGACAGAUUUGUCUUCAAUAUUCUACUGUGGCGCAGUGAUCCAUGUGUUGUGAUCGGUCGAUUUCAGAAUGCAUGGAACGAAAUCCGGACAGAUGUUUUAAGUGAACGACGAUGGGUGUUAGCCCGUCGUCAAUCUGGUGGCGGAGCAGUUUUCCAUGAUUUGGGUAAUUUGAAUAUCUGCUUCAUGCAAGCCCGUCGUGUUCUGGACCGGAGAGAAUGUAUGCGAGCUUUACAGCGCGCUCUGCAACCGUUGUUACCUGGUCACGUUGUUCAUGUUGGUGAACGUUAUGAUUUGUGGACUUCACCUGAGGUCCCUAACGCGCAAGAUCCCGAUCUUACACUACCACUGUCAAUAUACCUACCAUAUUUCGCUCCAGCUUUACAGACAGACGUCAAAUUAACUCUUACGCUUUUGUCCGGAUUAACUAAUUACUUUGGUUUAGCUAUAGUUUAG